UCCUUUGCCUGGCGCUUAUUUGUAACGAGGAAAAUUAUUGACUUUUCCAAGUGGGGGUUUCUUCAUAAUACGUAUAUUGAAAAAAUAAAAAGAGGCGUGGUUUAUGUGGGGGAAACUGCACUAAUGAAUAUCGCAAGUAUUCUUCUAAUAGGAAGUCGAGGGUCCUCUAUCGAAGGGUAUAAAAAAUUAUCAAAUUCGCACUGACAUUAAACGAUGUUUCCUUGUUAGAGGGGACUUUAGGGGGUUUUUCCUUGCGGAUUAUUCUUUCCGACUAAUCGGAAACUUAGUUAUUCGGCGAACAUGGGUCGAUAAAUAGCAAAAGAAAAAGUUCAAUGACUCGAAACCGACAACGAACUCAUCACAAUAUUAACAUCAAACAAAAUAGUAUUUCUACCAGCUUUCAACGUCAACAAUUAAUAGACAGUCAAUACUCUUUAAAUGAAGAAUCUAAAUAUUUUGAAUCAGAAUUAAAUGGAUAUUUAUUUUCUUUUCUGCAUAUUGAAGGAAUUAAUGAAUUUUCUUUUCCUUUCCCAUUACAAAAAAUUAAUUCUUUUCUCCUUCAACAAUUAAUAUUAAGCAGAUUAAUUAUUCUUUUGUUUCAAUGUACAAUUAAUUUUGUGAUGAGGGAUAGUCCAACAGAUGCUUUUAAAGGAAUUAAUCGACCUGAAAAUAAUGAAGGUUUAUUUAAAUUAAUUUUUUUAAAACCUGAAGGGUAG